UCACGUCUCCAUGGUUUACCCACUUCAGAAGUUAACUUCAGUUGAACGAUGAAAUGACCGGAAUGCCCUUCUUCCCCCCUCCUGUGGAGACUGGAGAGGAAUUGUGAAACAAUUAUAAUAAUCCAAGGUAGGUGCAGAGACAGACAAUCAUUCCAAUGUCUCGGGGUUCCGCUUUCCUUGCCACUCUGACAACUCAGAAAAAGUCAUCACAGAACAUUUCUUCCCUAAAAAGGCUCAAAGGCUCAAAGCAAAGCUAAAACUCUAUCUGUCUGUAACUUCACAGAGACUCUAGACUCCAGAGAAGGACCGAAAGAGGGAGUCCUCAAAAGGGUAAACAGGUUUCCUUCGUUUCGGCGCCUUCCCAAGUGAUAAACAGGGGAACCGGCACCUAGUGGCGAGAAAUUGAACUUGUCAAUAGUGCUUUUUAAGUUGGGGUUCUGGGCUUUCUUGCUUGUGCUUGAUCAUGAAAUGAGCACCUCCAAGUUUAUCAAGUGUGUUACAGUCGGAGAUGGAGCUGUUGGGAAGACUUGCCUUCUCAUCUCUUACACUAGCAACACCUUCCCUACUGACUAUGUUCCAACUGUUUUUGAUAACUUCAGUGCAAAUGUUGUGGUUGACGGCCAGACCGUGAAUCUUGGGCUCUGGGAUACUGCAGGUCAAGAAGACUACAACAGGCUAAGGCCUUUAAGCUAUGGAGGGGCUGAUGUUUUCCUUCUUGCUUUCUCCCUCAUCAGCAGACCUAGCUUUGAAAACAUAACAAAAAAAUGGGUCCCAGAGCUGAGACAUUAUGCCCCUUCAGUGCCCAUCGUGCUUGUGGGCACCAAACUAGAUUUGAGAGAAGGCAAACAGUUCUACAUGGAUCAUCCUGGAGCAUGUACUAUAUCAACAGUACAGGGUGAAGAGCUGAAAAAGCAGAUUGGAGCAAUGUCAUAUGUAGAGUGCAGCUCUAAGACACAGCAGAAUGUGAAGGCUGUCUUUGAUGCAGCAAUCAAAGUGGUUCUCCAGCCACCGAAGCCCAAGAAGCAGAAGAAAAGGCAGAGGCUGUGCCGUGUUCUUUAGCCAAAUUUCCCAAAUGCCCUGACUAUUAAAGUAUUAUGGGUAAAACUAAAACUGUAGAAGCUGAAAAGGUCAUGUUUGCCCUUGUUUUUUCAWCCUUGAGUAAGUGAGCUUAUUGUGUCUUUUUUCCUUGUGGUGGAAAGAAAUACACCCUUGUUUUGGUUGUUUGCUUGUUUAUUUUGUAACAACAAUUUUUUUCAGCUUCAAAUGACACAGUAGCAGUAACUCCAGGCAGCUUUUUUUUCCCUCUCUAUAGCUUAUUUGUAGAUGAAAAGGAGAUAAAGAACAAUUAUGCUGAUGCUGUGUUCUGAGGUUCUGAAAAAAUGAUAACUGUAGCCAAAAUUUGAAAACUGUAGAAACUGAAAAGGUCUUGUUUGUCCUUGUUUUUUCAACCUUGAGCAAGUGAGCUUAUUGUGCC